AACAAAGAAAACACAAACAUAGACGAGGGGUUCUCCCAAUUAGGAUGUGGUUAUCAACUACCUAAGACAAAACAACACACAUAUCGCAACACAAAAGGAAUCAGCAUAUACAAUAUGAGAAGAAGCAGAGGAAAACAGCACUGCGCUGCGGAGGAGCCUUCUUCUAACUCUCAUUCCGUCACCCUGGGUGAAGGUGUUAAUGUUAACAUCACUGACACUGUUAUGCCUCAAGAUCACGGUAAAGGAGAAAGUGAUGUCUCAGAGCUCAAUAUCAUCGGUGACGUAACAGGUGAAACCGAUCGCGGUUGUAGUUCGAUCAAGACCAAGGAAGGAGACGGUGAGAUUGAUUUUAAUGCUAGGCUUGAUAAGUUACUUAAUAACAUCGAAGAACCUGAAUUGUCUGAGGAAGAGACCAGAAUCAAUGAUCAGUUGCAGCAAGAUGAGAUACUUGUUGUGGAGUCAAUUUAUGGAGAAGACGUUUUCAGCCUUGAGAGAUGGAAAGGCCUGCAUUGUUUUCAGAUACAUAUACACAUUGAUGUUUUGGGAGAAAUUGCCAUUACAGCUAAGCUGAACUCUUCCAAUGAACAUGAUAUUGUUAGCAGCAAUUCAGAUGACUUCUCAUAUUCUUUCAAAGUUCAAUAUCUUCCACCUAUUGUUUUGACGUGUUUAUUACCUAAGUCAUACCCAAGCCAUCGACCACCUAUUUUUACAAUCUCUGUUAAGUGGUUGGAACCGGUCAAGAUUCUGAGUCUGUGCUCCGAGUUGGAUUCAAUAUGGGCCGAACAACAGGGGCUGGAAGUAAUUUACCCUUGGGUAGAAUGGUUACAUAGUUCUUCUCUUUCUCAUCUGGGAUUUGAUAAGGAAAUUACACUUGGUCCUUAUGGCAUGAAUCAUCUUGGGGAUGAGCGCGUUAUUUCUGGAGCUGGGUGCAUUGAAGUUGACAUUCCAUUUUUACGAAGUUACAAUGAUGAGAGACACCAUGAAUACUUCCUCAACGAAUUGCACGAAUGUAGCAUUUGCUUUAGUGAAUAUCCAGGUACUGAGUUUAUCCGGUUACCAUGUAAGCACUUUUUUUGCCUCAAAUGCUUGCAAACCUUUACUCAGAUACAUAUAAAGGAAGGCACCGUUAGUAAUCUUCAAUGUCCUGAUGCAAAAUGUAAGGUUAUGAUUCCACCUGGCCUUUUAAAACACUUGCUGGGUGAUGAAGAUCGUGAACGCUGGGAAUCCAUGAUGUUGGAGAAAGCACUUGCAUCAAUGUCUGAUGUUGUUUAUUGCCCAAGAUGUGAAACACCUUGUAUAGAGGAUGAAGACCAGCAUGCUCAAUGCCCAAAAUGUUAUUUUAGCUUUUGUACUCUAUGCAGGGAACGACGCCAUGUUGGCAUAGCCUGCAUGACCCUAGAUAUGAAGAUUCAGAUUUUGCAGGAUCGUCAAAAUUCAUCACAACUAAAGGAAGACCAGAAGCGUAGGGAACGUGAAAAAAUUAAUGAAAUGCUCAGUAUGAAAGAAAUUCAUCGUGAUUCCAAGCUGUGCCCUUCUUGUGACAUGGCAAUUUCGCGAACUGAAGGUUGUAACAAAAUGACAUGUGGUAAUUGUGGACAAUACUUCUGUUACCGCUGCAACAGAGCAAUUGAUGCAUCAGAUCCAUAUGGACAUUUCAGGGAUGGUUCGUGUGAAUUGUUCCCUCAAGAAAUGGUUGAGUCCUGGCAAGAGCGCAUAAAUCAUCGCCAGGCUGUAGGACAAUUACAGGCAGAGAUCUUUCCUCAACGUGGCUCAGCAUGUCCUAAUUGUCGUCAAUUUAAUGCAAAGAUUGGAAACAAUAAUCACAUGUUUUGCUGGGCAUGCCAAAGCCAUUACUGCUACUUGUGCAACGAGACUGUUAGGCGCGGCACCAAGCAUUAUGGACCAAAGGGCUGCAAACAGCACACCGAGGGAUAGUAUAAGCACUAUGCCUUAAGAACGUUUUUUAAGGCAUUGUGAGAUACGCGGGUUCAACAGGUUCUAGAUUAGUGAGGCCACCAUGAUUAAAUGCGAAGGGAUGAAACCCACCUCCUGAGACUAUGUUUGGGAAGAGAAGAUAAGAGAGGAUGUAUUUUUUAAUUUUAAAUUAAAAUAAUUAUAUAUUACUU